CGACGUCGACGCAGGGGGGUUUCUCGCUCGAGCGCUCGAGCGAAGACGCGCGGCGGCGUCGACGGGCGCGGCGAAGACGCGCGCGUUUCUGCGCGCGGAGAUUCCGUUGACGCGCGACCGCGGGCGAAAACGCGCGCGCGCGGGUCACGGGACGGCGAAAACGCGCGCCGGUUUCGGCGCCGCCGCGGGUCCGGAUUGGCUCGAUGAUUUCGAUCGCGCCGCGGGCGUCGGGGGACGUCGACGACGCAUGCGUCUGCGCGUGGUGAAAAACGCGGAGAUUCGAGACGCGACGCGCGACGAAACGACGAACGUGAGCGCGUUGACGCUGAGCGAUGGCACGACGAUCGACGUCGACAUCGUCGUCGCCGCGGCGGGGGUGGAUCCACGGUGCGAUUGGCUCCCGGAAUCCGCGGCGCCUCGAUCGAAAGUCGACGGCGGCGUGCUCGUGGACGAGUGCAUGCGAACCGUCGGCGCGCACGCCGAUUCAAUCUUCGCCGUCGGUGACGCGUGUUCGAUGGAAUCUCGAAGCGCCGCGCCGGACGUGCCUUGGUUUCAGAUGCGACUGUGGAGUCAGGCGGCGCAGACGGGGGCGUUCGCCGCGCGCGUCGUCGCCGGCGUCGCCGACGCCGAGGCGUUUGGAUUCAACUUUGAGCUCUUCACCCACGUCACCACCUUUUUCGGCUUAAAAGUCGUCUUGCUCGGCCUGUAUAACGCACAAAAACUCGAGGGUGAACGCGACGAGGACGUCGUGACGUAUCAGAGAGAAACGUUCGACGGCGACGCGCCGACGUACGUGCGCGUCCUCCUCGCGCGCGGUCGCAUGCGCGGCGCCGUGCUCAUCGGCGACACCGAUCUCGAGGAAACGUUUGAAAAUUUAAUCCUCGACCGCGUCGAUCUCAGCAGAUUCGGUGCGACCUUGCUCGACCCCGAGAUGGACUUGGAGGAUUACUUUGACUGA